AUGGCGUACGACGCAUAUCAAGGGCGGGAAACGCAGUAUCCAAAGACAACAACAGAAUUCGCGCUCGUCGACCAAUCGCCCUUUGCUGACACCAACGUGAGCGCAACCUAUGGCGCUCCCAGUCAGCAGGCUCGCCCGAUAGCCCGGUUUUCCAGAUUCGAUCCCCGAGGAUGGAGCAAUCGCACCAAGCUCAUUGCUGCUGGCGUCAUUGCCGUGGUCAUCAUUGCCAUCAUUGUCGGCGCAUACGAGGGCUGGAAAGCCAACCGCUAUCCGGAUUACUCGGCACUCACCUACUCACUGAAGGACACCUUUGAAGGCGAGAAAUUCUUUGACAAUUUCUGGUUCUGGUCCGACGCAGAUCCAACGGGAGGAUUUGUUAUCUACAUCCCGAAAGCCAACGCAGCCUACACCAACCUCACGUAUGCGACGAGCGACUCUGCCAUCAUGAGGGUGGAUACCCAAUACCACAAUACCAUCGGCGGGCGCAAUUCCGUGCGAAUCCAAUCCAACAACACAUACAAUGACGGGUUGUUCAUCUUCGAUAUCCUCCAUACGCCGUUUGGCUGCGGAACAUGGCCGGCAUUGUGGCUGUCCGAUACAAGCAACUGGCCGACAAAUGGCGAGAUCGAUGUUCUCGAAGCCACCAAUAACGGCACUUGGGGAAACAGCAUGACGUUGCAUACUACCAACGACUGUAGCAUGAGUGUGAAGCGCAAAGAAACGGGGACCGUCACAUCAACAAACUGCUAUAAUGGCACCAACGGAAAUGAAGGAUGCGGAGUCAAGGGCUCCGAUGCCUCGUUUGGGCCUGAAUUCAACAAAAAUGGGGGAGGCGUCUAUGCUACUGAGCUUCGAGAUGCUGGAAUCCGUGUUUGGUGGUUUCCUCGCAGUUCGGUUCCGUCUGAUAUCACCAGUGGCAGCCCGGACCCUUCUACUUGGGGCGAGGCCGUCGCCGACUUCCCCAGUACCGACUGCAGUAUCUCGUCUCACUUCAAGAAUCAAAGCAUCAUUGCUAACAUUGAUCUUUGUGGCUCGCUGGCUGCUGCAACCAAAUACUAUGACACCCAGGCGGAAUGCCCGAGCAACUGCACGUCAUAUGUGGCUGAGAACCCCAGUGCAUUCACUGAUGCGUACUGGGAAUUCAAGAGUUUCAAGGUUUAUCAAGCAUCUUGA